UCGAUUUUUUUAAAAACGAUUUAAUAUCGGUAUUCUGGUUUUCAAUAUCGAUAUACCUCCCUAUCCCUAGGGGGCGUUGUUACAGCGCCCCGUUACUGUUCACAGCGAGGAAGAAUUUGCAUAAUGGCUGAAAGAAUAGUUGAUGCGCCUUCGUCUUUAAAGUCCGACGUUUGGGCACAUUUUGGUUUUAAAGUCAAUGAAAAAAGCCAAGGACUUGACAAAACAAAUGCAAUAUGCAAGUAUUGUAAUGGUGCAGUACGCUAUACUGGAAACACGACCAACUUGCGGGCUCACCUACAGAGGCACCACGCUGACAAGCUAGCAGCACCAAAGACGCAACAGAAACCCGUAGACCCGAAGCAAAUGACUUUGGACAACGCCACGUAUAAGUUUCCAUCUACCUCACCCCGUGCCAUCGGGAUUACCGACUCACUGGUGCGUUUUAUCUGCCUGGAUUUGCGUCCUUACUGCGUGGUUGAAAACAGAGGAUUUCGGUACAUGGUAAAUACGCUGGAGCCACGUUACGUCAUCCCAACCCGUCGCUAUAUUACCGAUAUAGCUGUGCCGAAGAAGUACGAAGAAGUGAAAGAACGUGUCAAAACUUCGCUAAGUUCAGCUGCAAGAGUGGCCCUGACGUGUGAUGGGUGGACGUCUGGAGCCACAGAAUCAUAUGUGACGAUCACGUGUCAUUUCACUACCGAGGACUGGGAGCUGAAGGCGUUCGUUUUACAAACACGAGCCAUGCAUGAGAGCCAUACGGGGACCAACAUAGCGGAGUUACUGAAAACGGCGCUGGAUGAGUGGGGCAUAGCAGCCAAAAACCCAGCCAUCGUCACAGACAAUGCAGCUAACAUGACCAUCGCAGCUGAGCUAACUGGCAUGUUGCAUUUCAAGUGCUUUGCCCACACUCUUAACCUGGCAUCACAACGCGCACUGAAGCUUCCCAAUGUGGCCCGUUUGUUAGGACGAGUGAGGCGCAUAACCAGCUUUUUCAGGCGGAGUGCUACAGCGAGCAAUGUCCUGCGACAAAAACAAAAGUUACUUCAGCUGCCUGAACAUAAACUCCUAACUGAUGUCAUAACGAGGUGGAACAGCGCUCAUGACAUGCUCCAACGUUUCCUGGAGCAGCAACCCGCUAUAUCUGCCACUCUACUAUCUGGUGAAGUAAGGAAGACAGAGAAAGAGGUCUGCACCCUCAGUGAGUCAGACAUAACAUCUGCUGAGGAGAUUGUGGAUGCCAUGAAGCCCAUGAAGACAGCUACACUUGUGAUGUCUCAGGAAACCUCCCCAACCUUAUCAGUUGUGGCACCACUUCAUGCUCAGCUCCUCAAUGACUUUCAAGAAAACCGAUCUGAUUCUGCAGUAGUGAAAGAAAUAAAAUCAGCCAUUUAUGAGGACCUGAACAAGAGAUACAAGGAUCAGCAGAGAGAGACUUUAUAUGUGUGUGCAGCUAUGGAUCCAAGAUUCAAGGCCCUCCCCUUCCUCUCCGAAGAUGAACGCCAGGACAUCUACAUGAGGGUAGUUGCAGAGGCAGGAGAAAGCCAACAAACAUUUCAGGAAGGGGCUGAAACCAAAACUGAGCCUAAUGAGGUGCCAGUGAAGGACAACACUUGCGUGAAUAUCGACAAGCAAGACAUUGCUACUAGUCUGCCCACAAAGAAAAGGCAGAACUACACCUCUGCCGCUGAAGGCCUUCUGACCCUCAGCAUCACUUAUUGGUUUGGCAACAGCUCUGCAGAGAUUGGUCAGAGCAGCUGA